CAAUCAUAAUCCCAGCCCACAAAACCACACCAUUUGCAGGCUCUGCUUCUUGCUCUUGUGCAGCUGUGCUGUCCCUCAUUUCCGCAACCUUCUUAAUUUCCUCUCCUUCUCGUUUGCAAGUCCUUCGAUUUCAAACCUUCAUCUCAGCUCACUUUCUCUCUCCGGAAAGUCGCAAGUUACAAAGCAUCAAACCUCCUCCAAUCCCUAAUCCAACAGCGACGCAGAACCAUUUUUAAGCAGUAAGAAUUUGUGGAUCGCAUAGAUGCAUAAAGGGUGGCCUUUCGUCAGCUAUUCGGAUUAAAACACGUGACAAGUUUGAAGUUUGGUCUCUAGCGUCACAUGUUGGCAAGGUGAUAGGUGGUUUGCGAUAGGUUUACAUUAAGGCAUAAGAAGAGUUUUGAGGGAUAAGAAUACGAAGACAGAUGUGGGGGCACCUUCCAAAAUCGCUUCAGCACAUAAAGACUUUGAGACAUUCUUCCAAGUCUCCAUGGAUAUCUUUGUUUUCGUGUUCAUACUCAGAUGCUCCCCACAAAAGAUCAAAGCUUGCUCCUCUGCAGGAAAGGAGAAUGGUAGACAGGUUUAGGCUUUAUGCUAAAGGGGGUGGUGGUGGCAGUGGUUGCACCAGCACUCGCCGCAGUCGACAUGAUCGCCGCGGCAGACCUGAUGGUGGGAAUGGUGGAAGAGGUGGUGAUGUUAUUUUGGAAUGUUCUCCAACUUGUUGGGACUUCAGCGGUUUGCAACCUCACCUUAUUGCACAGAGAGGGGGACAUGGAUCCUCAAAGAACAAAAUUGGCACCAGAGGAGCAGAUAAGGUUGCCCAAGUGCCCAUUGGUACCGUGAUUCAUCUUUUGCAGGGUGAAACUCCUUGUGUUGCUGAAAGACAAAUUCCUAAAGAUUUGGAUCCAUGGGAAAUUCCAGGUACUCCUAUUGGUGAUGUAACUGAAUCCGAUCAGCACUCUACGCUUACCGGCCUAACUACGGCAGAGGAUAGUGAUAGCUCAUCCUCUCAACCUGACAGAACUGUUGAGGAAUCAGCUGAUAUGAAGGGAACUACGCAAAUGGGAUCAACUGAUUCUCAAGCGUCAUCUUCUUCUGAGAGUUGCUCAGAAGAUGAGACAGAGAAAAAAGAUCAAAUUCAGUACAAUGUUGCUGAAUUAACUGUACAAGGUCAACGAGUAAUUAUUGCUUGUGGAGGGGAAGGUGGUAUGGGCAAUGUGUCCUCUGUGAAAGUAUUUGAUGAUGAGGAGUCGUCCCUUCGUGUGGGUUUGCCUGGUUCUGAAGCUGUUCUUAUACUAGAGCUGAAGAGCAUUGCUGAUGUGAGCCUAGUCGGAAUGCCAAAUGCUGGUAAAAGCACUCUGUUAGGGGCUAUAUCGAGGGCAAAACCUGCAGUGGGACAUUAUGCCUUCACAACUCUUAGACCCAAUUUGGGGAAUCUAAACUUUGAGGACUUCUCGCUCACAGUUGCUGAUGUUCCUGGACUCAUAAAGGGCGCCCAUGAGAAUCGUGGACUUGGACAUGCAUUCCUGCGACACAUAGAACGCACAAAAGUUCUAGCUUAUGUGGUAGACUUGGCUUCUGGAUUGGAUGGUAGAAUUGGAACGCCACCUUGGGAACAACUUCGGGAUUUAGUUUUAGAGCUCGAGCAUCAUCUAGAGGGUUUAUCUAAUCGACCGUCCUUGAUAGUGGCAAAUAAAAUAGAUGAGGACGGUGCUGAAGAAGUGUACGAAGAAUUGAAAAGACGGGUGCAAGAUGUUUCUAUAUUCCCCGUCUGUGCUGUUCUGGAGGAAGGAGUGCCAGAGGUAAAACUGGCUCUUAAGAAGCUUGUGAAUGGUGAAACAUCAGACAGACUCGUUUUAGAUAAAAUUACGGUUGAUUAAAAGGUUAGUGAUACUUCUUCAACAAAAAAUGAUUUGUUGGAUGUCGAGUUUCAGUAUUAGAUUUACUUUGUUUUGCAGUAUCCAUAAUAAGUUUUGCACACUAGAAUCAUACUCCGUUUAGAAGAACUUCUGCAGGACAAUCAUUUCGUGUCUGGUUUGUUCAGUAUACAUAUCUAUGUAUAUAUUGCAACCGAAAACAAAAUUUCAAAUAUUAACGGUUGAUUUUUCUUC